AUGAGAAACCAAGUUCUUGAUUGCGUGUUAGUCCCACUAGGCCUCUUUGUUAUGGUGGCUUAUCACCUAUGGCUUCUUCGGCAGAUUAAGAACAACCCCAACUGCACCGUCAUCGGCGUCAAUGCAAUCAACCGCCGCCGCUGGGUCCGUGCUAUGAUGGAGAAUGUGUCCAAGAAUGGGGUUUUAGGAGUUCAGACAUUGAGAAACAACAUAAUGGCAUCCACCCUUUUAGCCUCCACUGCAAUCAUGCUGAGCUCCCUCAUCCUAGUUAACGUUCCUUACCGGAAAAUAAUGGCCACAACAAAGGAGGAUCCGAAACGCCCGUACCGGUGUGUGGUGACGUCGGAGGAGUACGUGGGGAUGACAGUGAAUCGAGGGAGCUAUUUUUGGUCUCUGGGUCUGAGGGCAUUUUACUUUUCUUUCCCACUUUUUUUGUGGAUCUUUGGACCAAUUCCUAUGUUCUUGUGUUGCGUUGUCCUGGUCUUCAUGCUUUAUUUUCUGGACUUCACCAUGGAUUUUGGGUUGUUGGCUUUGCCCACAAAUGCCGAGGAUGAAUGCAAUGGGGAUGUGGAUAUAUAA